CUUGCACACACUCACCACGGCGAUGCAAAGCUCGCUGCCCUCUCUGCACAUGGAUGGUGCAGAUGAACGAGAUACUUCCAUCUGAGCCACUGGAGUGCGAGGUGAUGAACUUGCUGCACGAUCACUACUCAAGCGAGACCACGGUUGACAGUGAGGAGUACGAGGGGGAUUACCCAGAAGUGCUGAUGGACCAGAUAAGCCAAGAGCGCUUCAACUUUCCUGUCUUCUGGGAGCAGCUGGUGCUUCAUUUGUCCGUCCCUUUGAGCAUACCUGCUUACUGCGCAGCGGGCGAAUUCAAGCUGCUGCAAAAUACCUUGCUUUGGCCGUGGCGGAAGCCGUCGGAGCUGUUCUUUUCAUGUAUUCCGCUUAUUUGCUACGUCAACAUGGCGCUCUUUGUAACUUUCCGUGACAGAUUUGCCGAAGAUGGCAUCAAUGGAGCAGAGAUCGUGAUGAUCCCCACUAUGGCAAUGAUGGUGCACAGGGCGAUGAUUGCCUUGAAGUACAGCGCACUGUCCCACACAGAGUACCAGCGCUGGCGAAAUGCCCCAGCAAAAAUUGCUCACACGUGGGGUUUGCAGAUUCAGCUCCUCACCACGUGGCUGCCACUUCCGGACGACGUCCUUCUGACGGAGAUUGACAAAGCCUGCCAGCUACAAGGCGUCGAUCUCCGAAGCAUCUACUUUGAGCAAGAGGUGCAAGGCACUGCCUGCUUGCAGAGGUGGCAAGUCUGGGAGCAGAUGCAAGAGCCGCACUGCACCGCGGACGAGCUGCACAGCGGUCUGGCUUGCGAGAAGCUUCAGACUGCUGUCAUGGAAGCGGCCAACGAGAAGGUGGAAAAGGGAGUGAAACGAGUCAGUGCGCACCGCAUUCUGCACGUUUUGUGGAGACAAGCCAUCGACAAUGUGAUGGUCUUUCGGAAGUUCAGCUUCGUAGGCCUCUUGGCCGCGAUUCCUACCCUUCUGCCUGGGAUCUGGAGAGUUUGCACGAGUUACAGUGCGGGUGAGCGAGGCUGGGAUCUGUUUCAUGCGGCUGUGGGUAACAGCGCGCCCGUCAUGUAUUGCGUCGUGUCCUCUGCAUUGCUGUGCCUGAUUCACUGCAUCCUUGCUGGCGCAUUUGCAGCAAUUGGCCCCAUCCACUACCAGCGCCAGCAGAUAGUCAUCGACUCUGUGAGGCUUUUAACGCGGCAAACUGCCUGCCUCUAUCCCAAUCUGCCGCAGGUGCAGCUCUGCGGCGCCACAGCCUGCGCCAACGUCCGCGCGGUGCUCGCCUGCUUUGAGGUGGUCUUGUGCAUGGGAGGGCGAUACCAAAUCCGGGUGGAGUCCUACAUCGCCACCUUAGCGGGCUCAGCCUUCAUAGGCAUGAGCGUCGUGCUGGUCAGCGUGAUUGUGGGCGUCCACACUGAGAUGAACCCCUUCACGGUCACUACAUUGUUCUUCUCUGUCUUCGUAACUGUCAUGGUCUUCGAGAUGAUUUACUUUGGGUCCAAGGCCAACGAGAACUUUGGGAAGCUGGGCACCAACAUCUGCCGGGCGCGCUGGCAGAACGUGGCUGAAAAGGCUGAGGACCUUGAAGAAGCUGAGCAGGUGAUGAGCCUUGCCAUGGAGAAGAUUGCGAUUCUCGCAGAGACCGAGCCUGUAACCCUGGCGGGAACCGUUCUGACCUGCGAUCUGGGCUACAGCGUGGUGUCGGUGGUCAGUACUUUGAUUCUGUUCGUGGUGGGCAAGCUGUACAACUGGGACAUUCCAGCGUGAGCUUUGCAUCGAGGUCAAGCACAAAGCCGGCCUUUCUCAAACUGCGAGGGCCAAGAGGGCCUUGUGAAUUAGGGGGACCGACGUGCUGAACUGUAGGUUGUCUAGUGCUACUUCAAAGCUACGCUGUUUGGAUUUGGCAUUUGCUGCGCAAGCAUUUUGGAGGAUGUGAUUCCAAGAUCCACCGUUCAUUUGUAAUUAACCCAUUUGUCUCACACGUCGCAAACCAUGCGUCAAGGCCACGCGGUAGCCACCCCCACCUACAGUUAAAACCGUCGCUUUGCGUGGCGGCUUCACGGGGUCAUAUUGGAGGCCGUCAUGCGAAUUCUGUGCAGAACAGUUUUGCCCCUGACUCUUCAGCCAAAGAUGCACAUGGACUCUGAA